AAUACUUAGCCGAGGUCGGCGAUCACUCUUAUCUAAUCCACUGGCUGUCCGCGAGACAACGUAACCUGCUCUUCCUGAAAUACCCCCCCGGAUGGCUACUCUCCUUCGCUGCCCGGGAUUGGAAUUUUACUACGGAACGGAACGGUCGCACAGGGCGCCGAUUCCCUUUCUCUCUCCUUCCGAUGCCCCUAGAUUCCUUCUCCCAAUCUCUCUCCCUCGAUCCCCCUCCCCCUCUCCCCAAUACCAAAAUCUAGGUCGCCCUUCUCUUUCCCCGUUCUCUGAAUACAUGCAGCGCUCCGCGAUCAGGGUUUGGGUUCUGCACGAGCUCACCAAGCCCUAGCGGCGGACGGUCUUCCCUCCAUGGAGGGCUCUGCGGAUGUCCUGGGCUCGUGGGAGAUGGCGGAUUUGGACGAGAGCAUGAGCAGGCUGCUCGUAUCGUCCCAGAAGACCCCGUCCCCGUUGGCCUCCUCGCCGUCGCAGGAGCUCGCCGAGGAGGCGCCGCCGCCGGCCGCGUCGGCCUCGCAGGUGGCGGCGGCUUCCAGCGGGCGUGGCGGAGAAGUCUUGGAGGAUGCCGUGAGCCAGGUGGAUGGGUUCCUCAGGGAGGCGUUGGAGAAGCCCCGGGAACGGCUGUCGAUUCUGAGGAUGGAGCAAGAUGUUGUGAAGUUUAUCCGUAAUCCUACUCAACAACAACUGGAAUUUCAGGGACUUCCUACUUCUUAUCUACGAUUGGCAGCACACCGUGUGGCACAGCAUUAUUACCUUCAGUCAUUAGCUGUGCCAGACAGCAGUUUGCCUGAUGGAUCUGGCUCUUGCAUUGUGCUACGCAAAACUUCUCAUGAAUGUUGUUUGCCUCCAAUUCGUCUUGCAGAUAUUCCUGUUAAUCUGCCCCAAGAAGAUAGUAAUAUAGUGGUUAAGGUUGCGAUUAAGCAGAGACCGCAGAAACAUUCAGAAAACACCAGCAAUGCAACUACUCAUCCUUCUAAGAUGAAUUAUCAGAAGAGUGUUGAAGAAAGAAAAGAAGAAUAUAAUAGGGCACGUGCACGAAUAUUCAGCAUUGGCAAUAGUGGUGGCAUAAUUGCGAAGUCAGAAGAUGAACCAAAGUUGCUGGAUAGAUUUCAGCACUGCACCUUUGUAUCGUCAAAGUUAGAUGAAAAUUCAGUAGUUGAAGGUCCAGAAAAUAGUCUUGGAAGGGUUCCUAGUGAUUCUUCAUCAGGCAGCAAUAGAGCAAACAGAAAUACAGUGGAGAAAGAGCCAACCUGUAGCAGAUAUAGACCUAGCAAUCGAGUAGCCAUUUUCCGGGACCGAGAGGUGGAUCGGAAGGAUCCUGACUAUGAUAGGAGUUAUGAAAGGUAUUUGCAAAGGUUUGAUCCUGGAUUUGGAUUUAAUGGAGGACCAUACACCAUGCAGCCUCUAUAUUCUCCUGCUGUCAACUAUAACACAGAAUUCCCUCAGUUUGUAUCAAGUCACAUGCCUCAACUUCCUAUUGAAUGCCAACCACGGACCAUUCCACAACACCUACAUGGUCCUUGGUCAGGGGUAUCAACAUCUGCAUUGGGCUAUGGUCCUACAGAGGGUUUAAGGGCCCCAUUCAAUCCUAACCAUGUUGGUGCUCACCCACCACCAUCUAUAUAUAUGCAUUCCUCUCAAUACCCUGUUCCUCCAUGCCAUGGAAUGACAUUUGUUCAUCACCAUGAACACAUUCAACCAUUUACACAGGCUCAUCAGCAACAAUCAGAGGCAAGUUUUGGAUUAGCCCGGCCCCGCUAAGGGGCUUGGGCAUGCCUGCACCUGCCAGUAUGAACUUUGAGAUCAGACAUGUGGGUGGUCGCAGUGGCGACAGCUGUUUACUGGCAGGAGAAUUGCAGGCAUAAGGAACUGAGAAUGACUAGUGCAAAGCAUCUCAAAAGUUUAAAUUAUUCCAGCAGCUCUAGUUUUCUCGGAUUUAUUGAUGCUUCCUGCAACUCAGAUGCAAGAAGCAUAUCCAAUUUUAGAAGUUGUCUUUCCACAGGCUCCAGAAACCCUGUUUGCAUGUGCAGGAGAAAAGCAUCAGUUACAAAUGAAAUCAGCACCAUAUGCCGUUGCUGUUUUGCUUGAAAUAGUAAGAUAAGGGGCACGUUGGACCGAGUGCUCCAAUGCAGAAUGAAGACAUCAGCACAUUGCUUCUGGAGGAUAAAGAAACUAGAGUGCAUUAUGUGGAGCAUGCCACAUCCAAUUUGAUAAACCUAUCAGAAAAAGGCCGUGUGCUUGAAGUCAGUAGACAACUACCAGGAAUUUAAUUAUUUGUUUGUUUCUGGAUUCUGAAAUGAGAUCACCUAAGUGGUGAGGGAUCAUAUGCUAGAAGACAACAUUAAGGCUCCAUUUCAUGACUAUAAAAUAUUCUUCUUCAGAUUCAAGCGAUUGCGGUCUAAAAUGAAAAUAAUUGUCAGGUAAUUGGGAUCUAUGGAUGGCUUUGAUCUCGGACCUUCAUGGAGUUAAGGGCUAGUUGCCUUUGAAUUGGAUGGAUUGUUGGAACUAGCUCAUGUUAACUACCAUUUGCCCAUUGAUAGAGCUUUGAAUUGGGAUUUGGAUUACCGUGUUUUCUGCUUCUGUGCUUCCAAACCAGUUGGGGAACCAACCUUCCAUUGGAGUGAGAAAAGAAUGGUGGGAAUGCAGGUGGCAUCAAUGCUAUCUGCCUCUUCAGCUCCAGCUUCUUUAUGAUUUCUGGGAAGUCUGCCUAACCAUUACGGUGGAAAGAUUCUUCUUGAGAUUUCAGUUGGCAUCAUGCUCCUCUUUUCAGUUUUUUUGAUAAGCAGGAGCUCAUGUGUUAGAGUCCUUAAUCUCCUCCAAGGUGCUGUGCUUCCAAACUAACUGGUGAACCAACCUAUCACUGGAGUAAAGAAAGAAUGGAGGGAAUGCAAGCGGCAGCAAUGCUAUCUGCUUCUUCAAAUCAUUGCCUCCUUGAAGAUUGCUAGGAAUUUGGGCUCACCAUUAUGGUGAAGAGAUUCCUCUUGGGAUUCCAGUAGGCAGCAUGUUCCUCUAGGUAUGCUUGAUAAACAGGAGGUCAUGGAUCAAUCUUCAAUCUCUUCCAAGGUAAGCUCUUAUUCCUGUCCAAACACAAAUGUACAUGAACAAAAAGAAGAAAGAAAAGCUCUAUGUUGCUUUUGUGUCGGCCAGUGAAUAGGGCUAUCACUGAUUAAAUUGAAUCCUAGCAACACUAAGUAUUAAGCCACAAAAAAUUGCUUUUUUUUUCCUAAAAGAACUGUGGAUAAGGUUCAUGUUUCUAUUUAACCUGGAAUGGUGAUGGUUAAAGAGAUGCUAUGGUAUGAAUAUCAAAUGAUUUUCCAGGUUAAAGAGAUACAAUGGUAUGAAUGUCAAAUGAUUUUUUAAAAAAAAAAAAUCCAACCACUCGGUCAUUAUUGCUGAAAUUGUUUUCAUUAAAAUAUGCUACUUAAGUCCUUGGUUAAAUUUGAAGAGUCAGAUCUUCCAUCAAUAUUUGCCAUUUUGUUUUGUGGGGUACCCUCAGAAAUUUUAUUUUAUUCUUGAAUUGAUCUCGACUUCAGCUACCAAGGAAAUUAGUAUGAACUUAUUGCAGUUUGCCCUUUUUUGGUAGCUGUAUUUAACAUUUUGGUGGUAGUACUAACGUGGAGAGCAAAUAAAGUUGCACAUGCAAUUGCUAUUAUUGUCUCCCUAAUAUAUUGCCAUAGCAACUUUGUUCUGUGCUGCUUUCUGUUGUUUGUAAAGAAAGGUUCUAAAGUCUAAUCUUCUGUCCAAAUAAAACCAAGUCUAAUGAACCUCAAUGUUUCUGUAGUAUAUUUCCUAUCAGCGAAGUUAUUACCUUCACUUCCAGUCGAUAAGAAAGCAGUGUAAGGAAGACUGGAAGAUCUGUCGAAUCUGUAUUAUUCUUGAUUCUAGCCCUCUUUUGUCUCUCAGGUUUUUAUUGUUGAAGGCAAUGCUUGUGUGAGUAACAGUGCAUUUUUGUUUUGCUCUCGUACUGUUUUUCCUUACAGUACUGAUAUUGUACUAGUCUUCCUCAGCAAUCCUGCAAGAGGAAGUAUGCUGGUCUUCCUUGAAACAUGAUCUCCCUCUGGGAAAUGUACUACUCUGCAGCAUUUGUGAGCCCCUCUUUUUCUGGAUUCUAAAGGAUUACAAUAACACAGGCAAGAGUUGGUAGCCUAAUAAUAUCUAAAUGUGCUUGUUGGUCUUAUUAAAAGUCAGGAUGCACGCUUGGCCUCAUCAACAGGAAUUACUGGCUACCGCAUCAGUUGCUCCGUGGAUUUUCAUUCAUUAAUUUGUGCUUUUUCUUUUUGUUGGCUUCUAUGUGUGCUUGAUAUUGCUCAUCCAAUUAAAGAAAACAUGAAUCUUUAUGACCGCCCGCUGUACUCAGCAGAUGUCCCGGUGUCUUGAAAAUGAGUCGCUGUUGGACAUUCUGGACACCGAUGGAAGCAAAAGAGGAAUUUGCAGUUGAAAUCCCUGCAAAAAUAUUUUCUGCUUAUUUAACCUGUGCAAUUUGCCCCAACCACAAGUUUAGGACUUGAAUUGCUAUCGUCAUCAGGUGCUCUCCAAAGCAAUUUCUUCAGAUUCUACUGAAUCAAAACUUGAUUGCUUGUAAGGCAAAGUUGCAGAUCAUCUGAAAUGAUUUACUAAGUUCCAGACAUUUUAUCCUAAAUGCAUACAAAUGCAAUAGUGGGGUUGAUGAAUGUACCUGCACAUGCCAUUUAUAUGUGAUGUGAGCACAUUUUACAUCUAUUGAGGUAAUCUUUUUUCUGAAAUAUAUACUUACUACCAUUU